CCUGCACCUACCAGAGGGGGGAGAGAUCAAGUGUGAGGGAGAGAGGCAGAAGGCGAGGCAGUGAGCAGCUGAGGAUCCCAGGGACCCGGUGCUGAUCCCACAGCUGAGCACGGACUGCAGGAGCUGCAGCUUCACCACUGAGCACACUGCAGAGAAGAGGGGGACCUUUAGGAAGUCGUGUGCAGAUUGCUAAUAUCUGUGACCAGGAGACCUCUUCAACUGCUAUGAAGAGUUCUGUGAUCUGAGGCAACGAACCAACAGCUCCUGGGAGGAGCAGAAUCGAAUUAAAGCAGGAUCAGCUCAGAAGCUCGACCUCUAAGGAGGACCUGUAGUCUAUUUGUAUUGACCACAAGCAGCCAAGCAAAGCACCAUGACAACCCGUCCAGGAGUGAAAACUCUCCAGAAAUCUUCCAUCCGAGGAGUUCACAUUACCCAGUUUGUGGAUAAGAUUCCAAAAGGAUGCAGCACACCGGACUUUGAGCGGAAACCUGUCAGUCUAACAUUGCAGGAAGGUAAAAAUGCCAUAUUCAGAGCUGUGGUCAAGGGUGUCCCUGCCCCUGAGGUGAAAUGGAAACGUGCAAAAGGAGAAAUAAAUGAUCCUGCCAAAUAUCUGACGUUCUACAGUCCAGCUACAAGCGAACACAUUCUGCAGAUAAAUAAAAUCACUGCCGGUGACUCUGAUUUGUACCGUUGCUUUGCUGUAAAUGAAUAUGGGGAAGCUUCAUGUUCUGCUGGCCUCAGGAUCAUACAAGUUGGCUUUAAGAGGAAAGCAAACUACGUUACUGGCCAUCCUGCUGAAGAAUUGAAAAAGAGUCUUCAGGACCUCAAGAAGACGCUGAAGAAGCGGGCUCCACUACCAAAACAAAAAGUACUGGACAAAGAUGCGGUCUUCCAACUGUUACUGCAUGCAGAUAAGAAAGAUUAUGAGAGAAUCUGUAUCAAGUAUGGAAUUUCUGACUUCCGUGGCAUGCUGAGAGCGCUGCAGGAUUUGAGGAAGGAUACGGAGAAUGAACAAGCAAAGUUAAUUCACAGUAUCAAAUACAUGGAACACAUUAAGGUCAACAAGGAUGGAAGUGCUUCGUUUACUGUGGAGAUGGACCUGAAAAGUGCUAGCAGCAACAUUUAUCUGCUUAAGGAUGGUGAGAAGGUCCGUUAUGGAACUGGGGAUGAAUACAGAAAGUAUUACCUUAGACAGAUUGGAAAGAGGUAUCAUUUUAUUGUCAACGAUGUGCAUCCAGAAGAUGCAGGCUUGUAUCAAGUCAAAGUGGAGGAUGUACCUAUUUUCUCAACUGAGCUGGAUGCUGAAUCCAUCCCUGUGAGAUUUCAGAAGCCGCUCAGCGAUCUGCAUUGUCACGAGGACGAAGAUGUUGUGUUUGAUUGUGUCCUGCGCACUCCCUGCUUUGAUGCUGUGUGGUUGCAUAAAGCCCAUCCCCUCGAGGCAAGUGAGAAGCACCAGAUCUCUGUGAGCCCCGAUGGUCUGAACCACCAGCUUAUCAUCAGAAAUGCUGUGACCACUGACAGCGGCUUGUACACCCUCGACACUGGACUCUGCUCCUCCAGGGCUUGGCUUCUUGUAGAGCAUGCCAGAGAGGCAAAGAUACAGGAUGAGGAACAUGAAAAAUCUGACCAUCAGAAGGGAACGCCAGAUAAAGACAGAGCCAAGAGGCUUAAACAUGGAGAGUAUGUUGGCGAUGAAGAUCAUCCUAUGGAUGCUGGCAUGAAAAGAGGGGGCUGGCACAGGAGUGACCACGGCGGCGGUCAAGGCUACUCCCCUGAUGCUGAUGGAGAGUAUAAAUUUUUAGGAAAAGAAGGGCUGCACAAAAUUGGAGAUGAAAUCGUGGGGCCUGGGCAGUUUGCUAGAGAAGAGGACACUGGAUUAAAAUUUGGAGAAGACAAAGUUGGAUUGAGGCAUGUACACAGUCAGGGUUCUAUGUCAGGCAGAGGAGAUACUGAUGAUGGAUUAGGAGGAGGAACUAAAUCUCAUUCUGUAGAUGGUAGACAUGAUAGCAUGUUAGGUGCAGCUGAUGUUGACAUGGGUGAUGCAGAAGGUGCGAACUCUUGGCAUGACAAGAAUGCUAAACUAGGUGAUGCUAGUUCUGGAGCUGCCUUUGGUGGUAUGAAGACUUUAGAUGCCACUGAUGGAAGUUCUGUGUCAGGUGGAAUCAAUCUUGGUUCAGCCAGAGUGGGAGGUGCACAUUCUGUCUAUAGCAAGGAUGGUCUGCCUGCUGCAGUUGAUAUGAAUGCAGUCAGUAUAAAUAGAGAAGGAGAAAUAGGGUCUCCCUACAGCAAAGGCAACCUGUUAGUUGAUGCUGGUGGUCAUGUAGGUCAGGCAGGAAUGUCUGGCUUGCUGUAUGGUGCAGGUGGUGUUCCAGCUGGAGAUGGGGGCAGGCCUGGUGCAGGUGGCAGCUUUGUAGGAGAAAUGGAGGUUUUAUAUGGUCCAGAUGGUCUGCCAGUUGGGGCAGGUGUUGAUGCUAAAAGGGGGGAUCUGUAUGGUAAGCAUGGUCAGUCAAGUGAACCUUAUGGAAAGGAUGGUUUACCAGCAGGAAUGGAAGCAGGGCUUGGUGGUGCUGGUUUGGAAGGUGCCGGCUCUAUGUAUGGAAAGGGUGGUGCUGGUGUAGCUGGUGCAGGGCAAUUUGGGCCGUUAUAUGGAAAAGAUGGACUCCAAGCUGGGGCUGUCAUUGGUGGCACUGGUGCAGGGGGAGUUGGGUCUCCAUUUGGGAAGGAUGGUCUCCCUGCUGGAGCUGGGGCUGGUGCUGCAGGUUUAGCUGGUGCAGGGGCAGCUGGGUCUCCAUUUGGGAAGGAUGGUCUCCCAGCUGGAGCUGGUGUUGGUGCUGCAGGUUUAGCUGGUGCAGGGGGAGUUGGGAUUCCAUAUGGGAAGGAUGGUCUCCCAGCUGGAGCUGGGGCUGGUGUUGGUGCUGCAGGUUUAGCUGGUGUUGGUGUUGCAGGUUUAGCUGGUGCAGGGGCAGCUGGGUCUCCAUUUGGGAAGGAUGGUCUCCCAGCUGGAGCUGGUGUUGGUGCUGCAGGUUUAGCUGGUGCAGGGGGAGUUGGGUUUCCAUAUGGGAAGGAUGGUCUCCCAGCUGGGGCUGGUGUUGGUGCUGCAGGUUUAGCUGGAGCAGGGGCAGCUGGGUCUCCAUAUGGGAAGGAUGGUCUCUCAGCUGGAGCUGGGGCUGGUGUUAGUGCUGCAGGUUUAGCUGGUGCAGGUGGAGUUGGAUCUCCUUUUGGGAAGGAUGGUCUCCCAGCUGGGGCUGGAGCUGGGGCUGGUGUUGCAGGUUUAGCUGGUGUAGGGGCUGUUGGGUCUCCAUAUGGAACAGAUGGUCUCCUGGCUGGGGCUGGUGUUGGUGUUGCAGGUUUAGCUGGAGCAGGGGCAGCUGGGUCUCCAUAUGGGAGGGAUGGUCUCCCAGCUGGGGCUGGUGUUAGUAUAGCUGGUGUAAGGGACGCUGGCUCUUCCUAUGGAAAAGAUGGUCUCUCAGCAGCAGCUGGGUCAGGAGCCGCUCAUUUUCCUUCAGGAGGCGAAGAAGUGAUGGGAUCUCACCAUGGUCAGGAUGCUAUGCUGGGCAGAGCUCAAGGGUCUCUGGGUGGAGCAGGAGGAGCUGCCUUAUCCUCAGAAGGUGGGGGUGUUGGUGGCUCUGCCAUACGAGGUGCUGGAUCUGCACAUGGGUCAGCUGGAUCCAGGGCUGGGGAAAGCAGUGCUAGCAGACUGGGAGGUGAUGGGAGUGAGUUGUACUCAGUCCAUGGUAAAGAAGGUGUGGUUGGUGCUGUUGGAAAGGCUGGUGAGUAUGGGCUGGACUCACGUGCUGGCAAAUCUCCAUAUGGUGAAGCUGGGAAGGGGACUGCCAGUGAUUUGAGAGGAUCAGAGCACAAAGGUUCAUCCCACGACAGAGAAUCACUUUCCAGUCAAGGUGAUGCUAGGGCUGAGGCCAGGGAUUUAGGACAGUCAGGCUCUCCUUACGACAGGGAUUCCUCCUUUGGAGGUGCAGAGGGCAAAUUCCACGAUAAAUUGUUUAGUGGGUGGAAGCCAGGUAUUCUCAGUCAAAGUUCACAGGGUUCUGAUCAGAUGUCAGCCCUUCAUGGUGGUCCUUCAGUAAGCCAGAGAAAACAGGGACCUAGCCUUGAUAUUAAAGCAGGUGAUUUCUUGAAGAGUACAGAAAGUACAGAAAACAGAAGACGUCAUCACCUGGAUGAUCUGAAAGCUCCACGCUCUCGUGUCAACAAGCAGUUAGCUGAUGUCAGAGUCCUGAAAGGGGAACCAACUGAGCUGUCGUGUGCUGUCAAUAGACAUGACUUAACAGGAACCUGGUUUAAGGAUGGGUUAAAGUUAACAAGCAUGGAAGGAGUCACUUUGGAGAAGGAAGGUCUAGUCCACAAACUCAUUAUUAGCAAAGUAGAAGACAUUCAUGCUGGGAAGUAUAGGUUUGAAGCUGGAGAUAUAAAAACUGAAGCUUCAAUUUUUGUUGAAGAUCCUCCACAGGUGAACGAAUUUCUCCUAAAAAACUUAAUGAGCGUUCCUACUGUGGCCAAGGCAGGGGAGAAAGUUGUGAUCAAGAUCCCUUUUGAGGGCCGGCUUCCAGUCAGAGCAAUGUGGCUAAAGGACAAAAUAGAACUGGGAGAUGACUCAAGGAUUCGUGUUGAUAAAACAGACACCUUCACCAUGCUGUCCAUCUCCAAUGCAGAGAGAAAGGACUGUGGGGAUUACAAAGUCAGGCUGAAGAAUGACAGUGGAAUCCUGGAUAUUGACCUAAAGGUUGAGGUAAUAGACAAGCCACAGCGACCUGCAGGACCCCUGAAAAUUGUAGAAAGCUCUGCCAAUGAUGUCACCAUUCAGUGGAAUCCCCCGAAAGAUGAUGGGGGCAAACCAGUACAAAACUAUGUUAUUGAGAAACAGCAGGUGGGCAAGAGCGACUGGGUGACUCUGGGAGAAACCCCCAGGAGCUGCACCACGUUCACUACCAGCAAAGUGGAACAGGACAUGAGUUACUACUUCAGAGUGAGAGCUGUGAAUGCAGAGGGAAGCAGCGAUGCACUGGAAUCAAAUGAGGUGGUGACAAUCAGUAAAGCUACACCUGGUGCCCCAGAUCCUCCUGAGAUCGUCGGUGUCAGCAAAGACACCAUCACAAUAUCCUGGAAAGCACCUCGGAAAACUGGGAGCUCCCGAAUUUCGGGGUACAUCGUUCAGAAACGCAAGAUGGGCAGCAUGACCUGGGUGCCAGUCAACAGUGUGCCCAUAGCAGACAAGAAGCUGAAAGUAACUGAUCUCAAGAAGGGUCUGCAAUAUGAAUUUUGUGUGGCAGCUGUCAAUGCUUCUGGUAUGGGAGAUAUCAGUGCACCAUCACAACCUGCCUUUGCUCGGGACUCCACAAAACCUCCAGGUAAAGUGAGGGACCUUAAGAUGACCAUCAGUGACAGCAGCAGUGUCACCUUGACGUGGAACGUACCUGAAGCAGAAGAGGGAAGUGGUGCGAAAGGCUACGACGUGGAGAUGCGGUCUGCCAACAGCCUCAGCUGGACCAAAUGCAACAUUUUUCCUAUAGAAACGACCACUUACAAAAUUAAAGGCCUGCAAACCAAGGAGACGUACUUCCUACGUGUGAGAGCCAUCAAUGACUGUGGCCCAGGAGAAGCCACAGAGCUUGAAGCUUUCACUGAAGUCGUUCGUCCCGUUGUUUUUCCCAGGUUCAUAAUAGACAAAACAGUGAAAAAUUUCCUGCUUAUAAAAGCAGGAAACGCAAUUCGAGUGAAUAUUCCUUUUGAGGCACCUCCAGAUUCUGUGUUGACCUGGUUAAAGGAUGGAGCUUCUCUUCCAAGCCGUGCUAAAAUAAGCACUCAGGAUGGUACCUCCCAGCUGCUGAUUAAAGCAGCUGAGUUCACUGACAGUGGCAUCUAUACUGUUGAGCUCACGAGUGGGACAGGGAAAAGAGAAACAUUCAGCUUCCGAGUUCAAGUUACGGAUAUCCCACAACCACCUGGACCUAUUGAACUGAGAGAGAAUGUGCCAAAUAUAGUGACAGUAACCUGGGAGCCAUCAACAUCUGAGAAAUGGGAAAGCAAUCUCUACUACACAGUCAUGAAACGCGAAUCACAGAAGGGCGUGUGGCACGUGGUGGGUGACCUGAUCUACACCAACAAGUUCACGUACACCAGUGUGAUCCCAGGCAGGGAUUACUACUUCAGGGUGGUGGCAAAAAAUUACUUGGGAUCCAGUCGUCCAUCCGACACUGCGCAGCCUUGGAGAGUUCGAAAACAAAAGGCUGACAUUCAAGUCAGACCACAGAGGUACAAGGGAGUAAAUCAGAACCAGCCUCCACGAUUCCUCGUCCCCCUGAAGCCUCACGUGGUGAUCGCUGGCACCGAGUGCCGCAUGAGCUGUGCGGUUGGAGGCCACCCACCCCCCAAAAUCACGUGGUACAAAGAUGGCAGAGACCUCUCCAACAAUCCUUCCUACUUUGGCACAAACAACUUUGGUGUCUGCUCCCUGGUGAUCUUCGGUGCUUCCAAGGCCGAUGAAGGUGACUACAUGGUUGAAGCCACCAAUGAUUUGGGCCGUGCUUUCAGCAAAGCCUCCCUCAUUGUUAAAGACUCCUGCCUGUGACAGGACCUUCCUGAAACCUCCUCUGCACUCCAGUGUGAACAAGGUUUUCUCUGAGCACUGGCCCUGCACAAAGGCUACGUGUCUGUUUUCAGAUGUGCAAUAUAGUCUGAGUGCUUUUUCAGAUCCAGUAGUUGCAUUUUGAACAGGAUGCUGCAUCGUAGUCAAAACGGUGGGGAAAAGCUUUGGGAAUUGUGUGAUCCUGAUUUUCUUCUACGACCUUUAAAAUACAAAUGAGAAGCUUCCGAAACUCUGAAGAUGAGAGGGAAAAACAAUUGGCCAAAACGAGACUUUGUGUGGAGAAGACAGGUGUGAGACCAUCUCACCUCUCACUGCUCGGGCUGCUGGCUUUAUCUGUGUAAGAGCAAUUCUCAGACAGGGCAACAUGAGCCUGUGCUACUGGCAAUGAAAGUGGGUGGACAAGAAUGAAUGGAAAUGUAGACCCAGUUGUAUCUGCGUGAGCAGAUCAGCUACAAAAAAGGAUGUGGCAGUGCUGAGCUGCCACAUUCAUGUCACCUUUGAAACGUAGCUGUCCCUGCCUCGUGGCAUCCCUAGAAUAUUACUGCUUAAUGCUAAAAGAGGUUAAAAAUCUUUCAUGUUUGACCAGAAGUACGGAGUACAACCAAAGGUCCUCUGCUAUGGCUGGAGGAUUCCAUCACUGAAUGGAGAAUGAGACUGCAAAGCCAAAACGUGCUGGUGACCACACAGUGCCUUGGAGCUUUGGCACCACAACAGUUUCCGUGACAGCAUCUCAGAGAAUAGGAGAGUCUUAAAGCCACUGGGUCCUCAGACAGCCAGUGCAACAUUUAUAUGGGGCUGAAAUGUUUUUUGGUUAUAUUUUGUACAAUGUUGUACAGAUGUAGGAACAGCAGAUCGUUACAUUAAACAGUUGUUCAGUAAAAUUA